GGCGUAUACAUCAAAUUUUUGACAAAUGUAGAAAAACAAUUUUUGACGUAUGCAUCAAAUAAUAAUAUUCCAAUAUUUAAGCCUUUUUUUAAAAUAAGGAUUUUACUAUUUAAAAUGUGUCGCCUCAGAAAGUGCCAAUGCUAUCAGAACACCUAAGUUAUUAUUUUGGAAAUAGCAUAUUUCACACUAAUAAUGGUCAGUCCCAGAUACCACAACUCCCUAAAAAUAUAUUAUUUGAUAUCUGUUUUCAACAGUUGUAGUUAGCCUCUCUUAAAAUGGAAUUAAAAGUUUGGGUCGAAGGUAUACAACGUAUAGUUUGUGGUGUAACUGAAGCAACCACUUGUCAGGAUGUUGUUUUUGCCUUGGCUCAUGCCACUGGCAAAUCAGGCCGAUUUACACUCAUAGAAAGAUGGAGAAGCAACGAAAGACAGCUCUCACCCAACGAAAACCCAAUGAAAAUUAUUAUGAAAUGGGGAGAAUAUUCAAGUGAUGUGCAAUUUAUUUUGCAACGUAGUGAAAAUAGUAAAAUUAAUCAGCAAAAUAAACCUAGGUCAUCUAACAACAAUACCCCGGUGAAUUGUUCAAAUAGUUCAGAAUCCCCAGAGAGGCAAAGAGAUCUUCACAAAUCAUUAACAUUCAGUGGGAAUUACAUAUCUGGUUCAGAGAAUAUCGGAAUUGUGAAGGGAGUGCCACAAGUGAAACCUAUUUCUCUUGAAGUGAAAGAAAAUUAUUUAGGCUCACCACAUAGCUCUCCAAAAAAAAGUAGUUACUGCGGGUCAGAUACAUCAGACUCCCCUAGUCAUAGUAGCCAUCGUAUUGCACCACCGUACAAAGAUCCACCAGCACCACCACCUUAUAGAGACCCUCCGCCACCCUCAUCUAUUUACCUACAUGAUAAAUACAAAAAAGGUUUACUGCAGGAAGCAACAAAAAAUCAGAAAGAAAAAGAAGACAAAAAUAAAAUCCAGGAAAAUGUUCUGUAUAAUGCUCAAUAUAGAGAACUAAUUUCAUUAAUAAAUUAUCAAAGGGAGAAGCUUUCAAAUCAGCAAACUGAUCUCACCAAGUUUGAUGCUGAAAUAGUAUUCUUGGAGGGAAAAGAAAGAGAAAAGCAAAUGCAGCUAGACUUCCUAGCUCAAGAAUUGAUUACAGUUUCUAAUGUCAGCAAAACCAAUCAGGAGCAAAUUCAAGCUUUAAGUUAUGUUGAAGAAGAAUGUGAAUUGGUGAAACAACAAGAAAAAACUCUGCAAUCCGAGAUUACUUUAUUGCGCUCAAAACUUGCUAAUUGUGAGACGGAGUUACUUCAAUGCAAAAAUAAAAUAAGGUUACUCAUGGACGAAUUACACAUCGAACAGAGGUCUCAAAGUAGGAGGUCUGAAUCUCGGAAACAACUUGAAAGAAACCUGUUGUUGGAGGUGGAGAGGCUUCAAAAAGAUAUAGAGUUAGCUAAGCAAAGUACUGAUUUACACCAUUUGACAGCAGAGACACUUAAACGAGAGGUUGCUUCUUUGGAAACGGCAAUAUUCGAAAAGAAAAAGCAAGUCGAGCACUUGGUAUCGGAAAUGAAAGAAGCCAAUUUACAGAGUCUCAGUAUAGCCCCACCCGAAGACAUUAGGCAGAUACUAGAAGGUCCAACAAAGGCGGGUACCACCAGAAAAAUGAUAGGUUCCCCAAGGCAACUGGAGAAUGCUGUACCUACGAAUAAAAAUCCACAUGGAGUGUGGGUUUAGGUAAUUAUAAAAUUUAAACUAUUGUUCAGUCAAUCAUAAUUUCUGAGCCAAAUAGUGACAUGACUUUAGAGGUCAGUUGAUGUACCGCUACAUCAGUACCAAUAAAUAUAAAGUGAUAAUAAUGUUUCUCAUUGUGGUUUUUCUGCCACAUCAAAUUCUAAUUCAAAUUAGAUUUUUAUUGUUUGUUACUGUCAAAACAAUUUCUAUAUCUUCUAUAUAUCUAUAUUUUGGAAGAAAUAAUUUGAGUUGUGACAUAUAACCUGUAUUACUGUCACAAUUACAUAAUUGUUUUCUACGUAUUUCUCAUUAAAUUCAACUAGAGUUCUUCUCAUUACAUAAUGACUAUGUUUAUCUCGCACUUUCAUCUGAUGGAAAUUCGAUAGCAUUGAGUAAAGUAGAUUUCACCAUCAGUUUCCAGUGGAUAGGAUGAUUGGAAAACCUAACAUCAAGUAGUAAAACAGCUGUCAAUUAUAUUCAGUUUUUUACAGUACAUUCAUGCAAACUUUUGUUUGGUUUGAUAGAAAUUUUGAUCACAAUCAGGAAGAAACUAUCUGAAGUAUUUUCACUACUUUAAGAAUUUGAAGGAAUCUGCUGAAGAUAGCUGUCAAAUGUCACUUUUUGCAAUUUCAAUCACUCUCAAAAUCCGUCUUUGAAGAUUUGUAUUUUCUAUGCAGAAUUAGUCGAGUCCAACCUUAUAUUUCAUUAGAAUUGACUUGAGUCAUUCAAUCCAGUCUGGUUAGCUUAUAUCUUGAGUAAAUUAGACCGGAUGUAGUCAAGCGGCAAUGGAUUAUCACCAUCGAGAUAAACAUGGUCAGUGAAAAGUGAUCAGAGUGGUAGGAGUUUCAUGUGUAUUAUACAAAUAGGUCUAAAAUAAAAAAAUCUCAAGAGUCUUUUCCCGUUUGCAAUGUUUUACAAAUCAAUCAAAUUUUAUGGUAAUAAAAAAAAAUUCUCAAUAUUUUUAACAAUUUGUCACAACUAAUGGACCUAUAGGUGGCCUUAGAUUAUAUUGAGAGUCCUUACUCUGGGCACUUAUCUGUCAGGUUAUUAUUUAUGCUCUUUCUUUGAAAAAGUUCUUGUUUUCUCGAAGUUUUGUAACUCAAAAAUUACUUGAUUACCUGACUGGAUAGUCCUGAUAUAUAUAGGACGUACUAGAUUAUAUGCAUUUAGAAGAGUUUUGAACACUUGAUAUUUAAUAGAUAGACUAGAACAUGAAAUGAUAUUUGAACCAUUUAGUGAUAUAGAAUAUGAGUAAUUCUUCAUUAUCUAGACUCUCUUCAAUUUUUGAAAAAAAUAUUUUGUAGUAUAUGAUAGUUUGCUAAUCACAAAUCUGAAGAGUGAAAAAAUUACUUUCACUUGAUACCUAAUAGUAGUAAUGAUUUUUUAAAUGUCUUCGGCAUAUUUCUGAUAUAAAUUUCAUAAGAAGGUAUUUCUUAAUGACUAGUAUUUUUAUUCAGAUUAUUUGAGGAAAAGUACUUGUGAUUUUGAUAUCUGGAAAGCGGUCGAAAUUACUUUAAAAAAAAUUAAAAACAUAUGAAUGAGGCUAGAUAAUAAAUAAUUACAAGAACGUUUAUCAAGUAGUAAUAGAAACAUACAAUUGAGAGUAUCACUUUUAUCUGUCGAUUUAGAAUUUGUGCAGUUGCAGCAAUUGUUUUAUUGGAGUGAAAUAAUAGCAUAAUGAUGUUCUCUUUUCACAUAUCAAAUAUCUCAAAAAGGGAACUAGUUUCAGAAGGGAAAUACCAUAAAUCAUAUCAUGUUAUUUUAUUCCAGAUGAAGAUGUCAUUUGUUUUAUCACAUAUACUGAGUGAACUGUUUUAAUUUUUUUGGUAUAUUUCGUAAGGAAUCCAAAGUGAUGAAAAGGUCUCAUACUUAUUUUUAUCGAUUUCCUUUAUUUUAAAUUGUAUCAUUUCAAGCUUGAAAUUUUACUUUAAAAAUCAUGGUUAUAGUGUUGAGUCAUUUUAAUAGUCCUCUUAAGUCCUCUAAGGGUCAUUUUGAUAAAGGGAAACUUUUCAUCGAUGAUUUUUUCUGAAAAGUUAUGAAAGUCUUUGAGAAAUACUUCGGCCUCUCCCGUUAUUCGUGAUACAUAUUGCCACAUUCUCGUUUCCUGGUCUUCGUUAUAUUCUAUCAUACUCUAAUUUCAGUUUUCCAUAAAUACCUUGCCUUCUGCCACAUCCACAUGAGACAUGAUGUGAUACAUAACCUUAUUUUGUUAAAGUGUCCUCUAAGAGACAGUGUCUAGCGAGUAGCUCCAAAUUAUUCUGAACCGAUUCCUAUUCUUUUCAAGCAAUUUUCAGUUUUUUUCUCAGACGGUCAGACCUUCUUGUUAGAAAUGUAUUCCUGUGUGUGUGUGUAGACUGCUAUAUGCUUCCCAGUAUAUUAUAUGUUCCCCAUUAACCUAUUUCCUGAUCUGAUUCCGUACCAGUGCUAGGUUGGGGCCCAUAUAUGAAUUUAAUGAUUUCUUGAAAUUCUACAACUUUUAUCUGAAGAAUUUUUCACCAUUUUACUCCCCUUAUGAAAUGUAAAUUAUUCUAUAGGCAGUAUAUAAGCAACAGUGCGAUUUUAAACCUUGAAAAAGAGUUUUGUCGACGAAAGAGUGCACAUGCGUCUUCAAUUUGUGAAAACGAAACUAUAUAGCUACUGCUUAGAACAACCUAACCUUUUAAUGAAAAAAGUUAUCACUAAUAAUGAAAAUCUCAUGUUACGAUUUUGGGUUAGUUUCAUACAAUUCGUCAGCAUUUUAUUAAUUAAUCUGUGAAAACACAUUUUAUAUUCCGUUUUUCAAAUUACUUUCAUUUAAUUUCCGUUCCUUCAAACAAGUGAAAAAAGCAUUUAAUCAUGGAAAGCUCUUGUUUGGAUGAUAUCAUGUAAUCAGUACAUUGAAGAGAGAUAGUUAUGCAAUGCGAAUCAUGUGUAAUUUCUAUUUUAUGAUGACCCAUGUAUACUCUUCUUUUGUCGUCCCAACUCUAUAUAAGAUUUUUAAUAUUGCAAUGUUCCUUGUAGAUUUCCCUAGAAAUGGAAAAAUGCAUUUGCAAAAACUUGGACUGAUCAAAAACAUAAUCAUUUGAAAAUUUGCAAUCAUUAAUACUCUAUUUCUAGAGAAAUGUGCUGAAAAUCAGCGUGUUGGUUAUUGCAAAAAUGAAAUUUUUAAUUGAAACAUCAUGUCUUUGAUUGUAUGUUUACUCUUUUAAAAUCGUUUUUAUCAAUUUUAAGUCUGAUAGUUAAUAAUAUGAUUAUAUAUGAAUAUUUGAGCCAUUCUUAGGUUAAGUAAAUUAUAAAGUUGUUAUUUAUUGUUAGGUGACUGGAGAUAAUUUUACAAAGAUUGUUUGUUAUUUCAUCUUUGAGUAUAAAAUAUAAAAGUUUAUAAUUUCUUUUUUGCACUAUAAUAAUUCUUAAUAAUCAUACACUGCCAUAUUUUUUUGUAAAUUUUGUUUUCAUGUACUUUGAAUUACACAUCACACAAGCAAA